GUAGGCGGGACUUCCGUGUGGGUGUGUAGGAGACUAGUAAAAGGAGGUCAAAUGUUCUACAAGAGUUUGCAAGCGUGAAGCUGUGGAGGAAAGAUUUACAGGUAGACAAUUGUGUUGGAAUUACACUUGAAGAUAUAAUCUACACUGUCGUUAUUAGAGAAUUGAUUCAGAAAGAAGGCGGUGUUGAGUGUGGUACUUGUAGACAUUUGACUCAUAACGUUAGCUAGCUUGAUGCUAAAGACACAUGACGCGUGCUCGUGGACAUCUCCUUAACUAAUGUUACUUUGCAAGAGUCAAAGUAUGACUUUUGCUGGACAUAAAUCCGUGUUUUUACCCGUAUAAAGGUUAUGCGUUGUGCAUCUCAACAUACCAUUUAUCAUUAGCUGAGAAGUUUGUUAGCUAGCUGCUGCACUUUGCUGAAACUAAUUUGUUUUUGGAAACUUGUCUCACGGUAACGCUGCUGGCAUGUUUCACUCUAUGCCCCGUCGUCCGAUCUGUGAGAUCGGUGUAACUACAUUAAAGCUUCAAAGCGGCAGGACAUUCAGGAGAACAGUCGAGGAGGGCAGAGGAAAGCUUGAGAGUCUCCUCCCAUGGCUGGAUAGGCGCAUGGGCCUGCUGCUGUCCUGGCUGCAGAGGGCAGGUGUCGGUGCCAGUGAGGCUGCUGGAUCCGUACAGAAGAGGAAGGGCCUGCUCUCCAUAUUUGCCGAUCACUGCGGCUUUGUAACCGGACAGAGGCUCCGGCGUUCGUGCCAGAUCGGAGAGCUUUAUUCUAACCUGUACUCCGAGCGUACCAGGUGGACCCUGGUUGGUAACCUAUGGCGCAGAUUUCAAAGCAAGAAUGCACCCAGUGGGAAGCUGUUCGCGGCCCUGGCUGGUAUAUUCAUGUGGGAUAGUGAGAAGAUUCAAGAUGAAGACAUUCACAGGUGUGGACUUGAACUACAAGAAAUAGAGUCUGUCAAAAGUCAAAACACAGCUUCAGGGACAGCUUCCAGACUUGAACCUGGCUGGGAAGUUGUGAUGGAUAAAAAAGGCUUCAAAGUGUGGAAGCGACCCAUACCUGACAGUCACCUCUACGAAUACAGAGUGUUGGGCUCCUACAACGAUGUCACCCCAAGGCAGUUCUUCAAUGUACAGUUGGAUACAGAGUACAGGAAGACGUGGGACGCACUGGUUAUCAAGCUGGAAGUGGUGGACAGAGAUGUCUCUACAGGCUCUGAAGUUGUGCACUGGGCUACACACUUUCCUUAUCCCAUGUACUCAAGGGACUAUGUGUACGUGCGCCGCUAUGAUGUGGACCCAGAAAACAACUUGAUGGUUCUGGUAUCCAGAGCCGUCCAGCAUCCCAGAGUCCCUGAGACUCAGGAGUUUGUAAGGGUCCAUUCAUAUGAGUCAAAGAUGGUCAUCCGCCCUCACAAGUCCUUCGAUGAGAAUGGAUUUGAUUAUCUGCUGACCUACAGUGACGACCCUCAGACAGCCUUUCCCCGUUACUGCGUGAACUGGAUGGUGUCAAGUGGUAUGCCUGAUUUUCUAGAGAAGCUGCAUAGUGCCACCUUGAGGGCCAAGAACUUGGAAGUGGGGAUCUUCGACUACGCCAGUGUCAUCAAAUCCAGUGACGCCAACCGCCAAUCGAGCCAGGAGCGUCUCGGAGGAGAAAAGUCACACAAAGGUGGUUCUGGACAGAUCUACGCUUGAGAUGGAUAUUAUAUAGACCUGGGGUUAUGUUGGUGUGUUUUCACGUGCACUUGAACUUCAAUUAUACCCUCCAGCCCAACUUUUAAGUAAAUUGCAUGAACUGCAAAUGGAAGUUGUAACCUACGUUAAAGACAAGUAAAUAAUAUGUCCAUCCGUAGACAUGGCCAAAUCGGUGAUAGGUGAGCUGUCACAAGAACAAUGGACUGUGAAGGCAGCAUUACUGUGCUUUGGUGCAACCGUUUCUGUGGAGAUUUUCAUUCAGACUGCUGACAUUGGCCCUAUAAGGGCCUAACUACGCAGGUUUAUUAUUUGCCUCAUUUGGUAAUGAUGUAUUUCUUGUCAAGAUCGAGCCAAAAUUCCUAAUUGUAGAGAUGCUUUUGCGAAAAAACGUCCUCUCAAUUGUCAUUCUAUGUCUAUGUUCGACAAGGCUCGAGUUUAAAGGCUGUUCAGACCGCAGCCACAAUACUGUAUUACUGUAGGUGUGUUUUCAGAGAGAUGUUGUUGAAAUGGACAUGAAACAUGAACUGACGUCUAAUAGACAUCACUGAAACAGAAAACUGUAAACCUACGGCCACAAUUUCUGUACUGACGAUGAAGAAUUGAGGCCUCUGCGGGGAUUUCUUUCUACCACUCAUGGAUUGUAGCAUGGCUUAUUGCUCUUCAUUGGACUGGAUGGGAUGGAAUACAAAAAAAGAUAUAAUGAUGCUAUUAUUAGAAAAUGUGUGCGUUGACAAAACGGCCUUCUGAAGAUGAACCAGUCCUUCAGCAAUAUGGGCAUAGUGUCUUACAACAACAACAACAACAUAAAUCCUCAAAUACAAUUGUACUGAUGCAUUUCUCCAAGACACAUUUAAUGAGUAAAUGCCCUUUUUAGAGAAAUUUGAAACACCCACCACCAUCCUUUUCCAUUUCAUGUGUUCUCAUAUAUAUAUAUAUAAUAUUAUUUUUGUUAUGGUGUCCACUACAGACAUAACUGGAGUUUGUACUUUUGAAAUUAUUGGUGUGUUUUUUUCUUUGUGUUACUCUAGAUCUUGUACAUUCAUAAAAAAGAACAUUGCCUGGAAACUAAAAAUCCCUUCUCACAAGCUCUGUAACAUGUUUGUCCUGCAUUUUGAUUUCUUUGGUUUUUGUUAUUUACGUGGCUCUACUGAAACUAUAAUCCAUCCUUCCUAGUCAUCCUUGUUGUUUUUGUAAUUCAUUUGACAACCCAGUGUUGUGAAUGUACCAAGAGCUUCACAUGAUGUGAAAUAAAACCUUGCCUAAUCAAAUACACAGUUUACAGCCUGACAAUCUGUCAAAAAUAUAUUGAAAUGAAUUUGUGUUUAAAAACAUCCCAUCUUGCUCUACAAUGUUGUGUCAUCAAUAGUCAUGUGGUACAUCUGAGUGAAUACGCAGAUAAAGCAGAAUUAGUAUAAAAAAUUAUAUCAUUUUUUUUGUAAAAUUCUGAAAUGAUAUUUCCAGCUAUUUGAUUCAUAAAAAUGUCAGUGUAAGCUGUGAUAUACAGAUAUGUUGAAAGUGUGACAGUUUUUUUAUAUUUAUCUUUUGUGGUCAAACAACAUGGACUCACGAUAUAUUAACCAAUUAAACAUUGUGUUUGCUAAUGUUCAGUUUGCGAAUGUAUCUGCUAAUGGUCUGCCAUUUGCUGACGGCUUUGUGCCAUCUGCCAUAGUCUAGAAGAGUUGUCGCAUAAUGCUUUUGUGUUUUCUUUUAGCAGGCAGUAUAAAGUGGGUUGUAAUUUGCUUUCACAUGAGAAUGAAUUGGGGACAGAAAAAUAAUUGUGUGCACUUAUUACCCUGUGAUUUCAAGACUGAUUGAAAUGGAAUAGCGAAUAAUCAGAUCAAAUAAACAUUUUCAUCUGUGUCGUA